UCCGCGCGCCGCGGCGAAGAGGCGGCGGUGGGAGCCGUUCCGGUGGGGAGCGGCAGGGCUUGGCUUGUUGCGGGGGUUUCACUGAUCGCCGGCGCGGCCGGGACCGGCGGCGGGGGACGGACGCAUGGCGGCUGCUCCCGGCGUGGCGCGGAGCCGAUUCGCGGUGGUGGGCGGAGGGAUCGCAGGCGUCACCUGCGCGGAGAAGCUGGCUGUGGAAUUCCCAUCAGAAGACAUUUUUUUAAUGACAGCUUCUCCAGUUAUAAAAGCUGUAACAAAUUUCAAACAGGUCUCCAAAACACUUGAGGAAUUUGAUGUAGAAGAGCAACCAAGUUCUCUGCUAGAAAAACGAUAUCCCAAUAUUAAAGUUAUACAGUCUGCAGUAAAACAAUUGAAAAGUGAUGAACAUAAGGUUUUGACUGAGGAUGGGAAAGAAUAUAUGUAUGAAAAACUUUGCCUGUGUGCUGGAGCAAAACCAAAAUUAAUUUUUGAAGGAAACCCAUAUGUGUUAGGAAUCCGAGAUACUGACAGUGCGCAGGCUUUUCAGAAGAAUUUGGCUCAAGCUGAGAGAAUAGUAGUGGUAGGAAACGGUGGGAUUGCACUUGAAUUGGUGUAUGAAAUUCAAGGCUGUGAAGUAAUCUGGGCUAUCAAAGACAAAGCCAUUGGGAACACUUUUUUUGAUGCAGGAGCAGCUGAAUUUCUCAUUCCAAAGCUAACUGCUGAAAACCGAGAGACUCCAAUUCAGUGUAAAAGAACCAAGUAUACAAUGGAAGGAAGCGAAGAAAAAGAACGACCAGUAGCAGCAUCUGACAAACUGGGCAGUGCCUUAGGCCCUGAUUGGCACGAGGGCUUAGAUCUUAAAGGGACUAAAGAGUUUUCUCAUAAAGUACAUAUUGAAAUACUAUGUGAAGUAAAGAAAAUAUACUUACAGCAAGAAUUUAUACAACUGCAACGGACUUCUUUGACUUUUCCUAAGGAGGAGAAAAAUGUAGAACCCGAUGAGGUUCUGUGGCCUGUAUACGUGGAAUUAACUAAUGGAAAAAUUUAUGGAUGCAAUUUCAUUGUCAGUGCCACUGGAGUUGUGCCAAAUGUUAAACCAUUUCUUCAUGGCAAUAAUUUUGCUGUAGGUGAAGAUGGAGGUCUGAAAGUAGAUAAGCACAUGCACACAUCCCUGCCAGAUAUAUAUGCAGCUGGGGAUAUCUGCACAGCGUCGUGGGAACUUAGCCCAGUGUGGCAUCAGAUGAGACUGUGGACUCAAGCUAGGCAGAUGGGAUGGUAUGCAGCAAAAUGCAUGGCAGCAGAUACUUCUGGGGAAUCUAUUGAUCUGGAUUUCAGCUUUGAACUAUUUGCUCAUGUUACAAAAUUUUUCAAUUACAAGGUGGUGGUUUUGGGAAAAUACAAUGCUCAAGGCUUGGGUUUAGACCAUGAACUGAUGCUGAGAUGUACCAAGGGACAAGAGUAUGUUAAAGUGGUGAUGCAGAAUGGCCGCAUGAUGGGAGCUGUGCUGAUCGGUGAAACGGACUUGGAAGAAACUUUUGAGAACUUAAUUUUAAAUCAAAUGGAUCUUUCAGCCUAUGGUGAAGACCUCCUGAAUCCAGACAUCGAUAUAGAGGAUUAUUUUGAUUGAACAAAACCCCAUUUCCAUUUUGUGUAAGGUUUUGACACAGCAUAGUAUGUCUUAUAAAACUGUUUCCUCGGGAUUACCAGAAAUGAGGGAUAAAGGCAAUUCCUUAUUAAGAUGUUGUGUUGAUCUUACUAAAAUACUGACUAGCAAAUUAAAUUGAACUGUGUAGAAAUGCAGCAACAAAAGCAAGUAAGUGGAUAAGGGAUUAGUGUUGGCAAAGAGUUUUUGGCUGGAGUAGAUGAACACUAGAGAACAGGGCUCUUAAUAGUUCUUAAAAGCAGGCUUCUCUGUGCUGUUAAGAUAGCACUGCAUUCACUUGAAUGAGAGGUAGCCUUCACUUUUUAAAAGUAAACAAAGUGUUUAAAUCCUGUAUUCCCCAAGCCCUGCGUAAUUCACCUGCUGUGUCUACCACAGCCUAGUUUCCCCAUGGCUUCAUCAUCUCAACUGCCCUUGUGAGCCAGGUUGCCUUGAUGUGAUGGUGCUGCCUUCCCUGCCUAAAGCUACCUCCAGGCUGGAGCAGUGUAUUGGCUAGAGGGGGAAAGCCCCUGCUUCCUGAAACCACUUGGUCAGGUGAAGGCUUACAAGGCAGUCUCGGGCAGUGCUACAUCCCUCUAGCACCCCUCCACUGCUCACACCUGAGUACUUGCCACUUACAUCAAGACUGCAAUUCCAGCUCACGGUACCAUGUUUGUCCGACUGGCUCAGACUAACAGCUUUAGGACAUGGGAUGGUUGGAGCUCUCACUACCUGGAAUGUAGACCAAAAAAUGGAUGUUUGGUGGGGUUUUUGGUGUGUUUUUCCCCUCAUAAGCUUAUUUCUGAAUAAUUUUAUUUUCUGUUUGGCUAAGUACAGAAUGCAAAAACUGAACAAUGCAAGCCAGGAUGAGAUGUCAGUUAAGAGCAGCUUUUUUACUGCACACCACUUCAGCUUUUCAGACACUGUGGCAGAGCUACACUGGUGCAUCCUGACUCAUCUCCAGCAGGGUCAGGGUGCUGUGCACACUAGGCACACUGGUGAUGUCACCUGCAGUAGUAUUCCCUAGCAAGAGCCUGGGAUUAAAUGCAGUCAGGGAUUUAAGAUGUUUGUUUUCACUCAUAACUAGCUCCCUGGGUAGGUGUUUUGUUGCACUUCAGUAAUAGUAAUGUGUAUGUACAGGCUUGCUUGAGUCAAGUUCCUUCUUUGUUAGUUGUUAGGUAUAAUGUGGUGCCUAGGUGAUAAAGCCCAACAAUUUAAGGUAUUCUCUGCCUUUCAUAGUAUCAUCCAUGGACAGUUGUUUCAUACUGGCUUUCGGUUUUGUUCUGCAAUUGCUACUCAGGAGUUGCUGUUUAAGGAUCAAACUGGGAACAGUUUUUUGUACUCCACUAAAUACAAAGUUUGCAGUACUUACUGAGACUUUGGCUGGAAUCACUAUUUUUUAAGAGCAUAACUCUUUAUUUAAAUUAAUUAAUUCCACUUUUGAUAGAGGCUUCAGUUAAAUGAUUGGUGAAAUACUAAGCUUUAGUCACUGACAAGAUUCUACCAGAAAAAUAAAGCUGAUUUUCUUAA